AUGAUAACUCUUCCUAUGGCAGGAAGAGUUCCAGUGUUUCCUACCGUGACCUCGAUAACUGUGACGAAAACUCGAACUCAGAAAAGUUUGGACGUCCGGGAGGAUUUCAAGAUAGAAAUCAAUCUGGUAACCGUGAAUUCCGAGGGCGUGGCCGUGGCGGUCCUCGAGGACGAGGAGAGCGUGGAUUUGGUCGCGGGCGCGGUCGUGGUGGUGGACAUCGUGAUGAUGAUAAUGGGCGUGAAAAUAGUUUCCGCGGACGUGGUCGUGGUCGAGGAGCUGAUCAUCGUGGUGAUAGCAAUA